CUUGAUGACUUGAACUUAAUUCUUUAAAUUAAAAGUGAGAAAUAUAUAUCAUCCGACCAACACAAUUUUGUUCAUGUUAUCUGCCUUCUUCAUUUGUUAUCCUAUAAAUAUGCUUAAAUAAGCUUUAUCCUAUAAACCAACACCCCUCACUGUUUCCCCCCAUUUUCGACCCAAAAAAAAAAAAUGCAGAAUCACAACUUAUCUAUAACUAAACCCCUAAACCCUACCUUCUCCCCUCUACACUCACCAUCUCUCACCCAAUUCUUUAAACUCCCAGCAAUUCGACAUCCCUGUAGAACUCCAAACCCUCUGAUUAUCCGAUCCGAUAACAGGAGGGAUAUCCGAUCAUUUGCGGGCCGAAGCAAAGGGAACUCUGGUGGUGGUGGUGGUGGUCGAAUUGAGGGAGGAGCAGAGCUUCGACGACAAGCUAAGCGAAAUGCACGUCGCAAAAGCAAGAAAUUAGCAGAAAGUUUGUUUUACAGACUUAAGAAUCCUCAUGGAAAUGGAAAUUACGCGGAUAAGUUCUCCGAAGAAGAGUUACAGAUGAUUGGUUUAGGGUAUGAUAGAAUGGUUAGGUUUAUGGAGAAAGAUGACCCGAAUCUGAAACACCCGUAUGAUUGGUAUAAGUAUGGUCAGUUUGGACCGUAUUCGUGGCGUGGGGUGGUUCUAGGAGAGCCCGUACGAGGGCGAUUUUCGGAUGAAAAUGUGUCGAUGUUUGGUGAGGUGAAGGAUCAAGAAGAGUGGGAGAAGAUUGAGCAACAUGAAAUGGCUCAGGAGUUUCAGGGUAGGUUAGAUGCAAUGGAUAAAAAUGUGGGGUUUAGGUAUUUUUGGGUUUUUGUUAGGCAUCCGAAAUGGAGGAUAUCGGAGUUUCCUUGGGAACAAUGGACUUUGGUGUCUGAGGUUGUCGUUGAAGGUGGGAAUCAGAGGUUGGAUAAGUGGAAUUUGAUGGGGAGGCUUGGGAAUAAAGCGAGGUCGAUGAUCACACAAUGUGCUGCGUGGAUGAGACCGGAUAUUGUGUAUGUUCAGAGGCCGGUGUAUCAGUGUAGAUUUGAGCCGCAAGAUGAUUUUUUUAAGACGCUAACGCCUUUGCUUGAUCCGGGGAGUGAACAAGAUUUUUUGUUUGAAUUGGUGGAUGAUAAUGGGAGGGUGGAAUUUUGUACGUAUUUUGGUGGUUUGUGUAAGAUUGUUAGAGCGAAUCCUAAGGCGUUUGUGGAUGAUGUGGUAAAAGCGUAUGAGAAGUUGAGUGAUGAGAAGAAGUCGAAGUGUUUGGGGUUCUUGUUGGAUAAUCAUCCUGUGCCUUUGUUGCAUCCUUAUACGAAGGAGUGGAAGGCGAAGUUGGAGGAAAUGGAGAUGGGUUGUGAUGCACCGGAUGAUGAUGAUUAUGGCAGAAAUAACAAGGGAGAGACCGAGAUUGUGGACUGGAUUGAGGACGAGGAGGAUGGUGAAGAUGACAAUGAGGAUCAAUACGAUGUGGAUUUGGAUGCAGGAGGAGAUGAAGAUGAUGAGCUGGGUAUCAAGGAGGAUGACGACUCAGGUCAAGAAGAGGAUGCUACAUUCUGGGAUGAUGAAUUUAAGAAGGCAUUGAGUAGCAACGAAGCGAUGGAGAAGUUUGCCAAGAAAUAUAUGGAGACGUCUACGAAGUUCUAUGAGAAGCAUAUGAAUAAAAUGGAUGGGAAGGGAAAAGAAGCAAAGGGAGAUGAUGGAGAUGAGUUGGCAAUGAGAGGUGUUAGAGCUAAAGUUAGUCCAAAAGAGUGGGAGAAUCUUGGAUUUGGUCCUUUUAGAAGGAGACUUAAGAAAGGUAAAGCGCCACCUGAAUUGUUCAUGAGAGCUGCAGUCAGACCAUUCACUUACAAGAAUCUAGUAAAGGAAAUUGUUUUGACCAGACAUGCUAUACUAGAAGGCGAGAUUGGUCAGAAGAAAUGAGGUAGUUUCCAGAUCCUGCAAUGCUAGAAGGCGAGAUUGGUCGGAAGAAGUGAGGUAGUUACCAGCUUUUGCAAUUGGGUAGGAUUAUAGAUGCAAAGAUUUAUUGUGCUAUACUGCAUAUCAUACUGCAGAAAAAAUGUUGUCUCAGGAGCCAAGUUAGUUUCUUGUAUAAUUUCAUUUGAGGGAGAAAGCGGACUCUGCAUUCUCAUAAAGAAAUAUUGCUAUGUAUUGAUACCAAAGUGUAGAAGUACUAGUUAUUAUCUCAAAAAGUGUGGUGCAAAUUCACUACGGAAUUAAUCGUGUCAUGUAAAUGAAAUGUCAUUGUAAAGAGUUGGAAAUUAUGCAAAAGCAAAAAGUUGGAUUUGGAGCUAACCCUUUACAAAUCCCCACGUCUAAGCUAAACACUGGACUUGUAAAGGGUUAAUGAAAUACUUAAGCAAUUUUUUCUUAUUU